AACUGUAUUUAUCAUAUGGUUUGUUUUGUUCUGUUUCCUAUAGAACCUCCACUUAGUGAAGAUUUACAGCCAACAUCGGCUGUCUCUAGCCCAACGCAAGCUGGUCCUGUAAUGUACAUGCCCUCAGCAGCAGGCGAUUCUGUUCCUGUCAGCCCUUCUAGUCCACAAGCCCCAGACCUUAGCAAUGUAUGGAAUAAACCAGGAACUCUACCAACUAGCCCUACUUCUACUACAAUCCUCUGUAGAAAUAGCAGUCUUGGAAGCCCAUCUAAUUUAUGUGGAUCCCCUCCUGGUGCAAUUGGAAAACCCCAUAGUUUGGAAAGCAUAGGUUUCCCCACAGAUUCAGUAACUACUGCAAGUAGCUAUAAGAAGGCACCUGGAUUUGAACGGGAAGACCUGGUUGGAGCAGAGUAUCUAAAGAAUUUCAAAUGCCAACAGGCAAAAAUCAAAUCCCAUUCCAUGGAACAUAGAACCCAAGAACAACCUCUGUUACAACCCAAGCAGGAUAUAUUAGGGAUUCUUCCAGUUGGCAGUCCACUGACAUCUAGCAUCUCCUCUAGCAUUACUUCUAGUUUGGCAGCAACACCACCAAGUCCAGCAGGCACCAGCAGUAUACCAGGCAUGAAUGCCAAUGCCCUUCCUUUCUACCCAACUAGUGACACUGUGGAGUCCGUGAUAGAGUCUGCCUUGGAUGACCUGGACCUGAACGAAUUCGGAGUGGCUGCCCUGGAGAAGACAUUUGACAGCAGCUCGGUGCCCCACACGAGUGGCAUCAUGAUAGGUGGGAGUUUGCUGCAAAGUUCUGCUCCUGUAAAUAUCCCUGGGUCCCUUGGAAGUUCUGCCUCCUUUCACUCUGCCUCUCCUUCUCCACCGGUCAGCUUAUCAUCGCAUUUCCUCCAUCAGUCUCAGGGACACUUAAGCCAAUCAGAAAAUACUUUCCUGGGGACAUCAGCUUCUCAUGGAUCAUUAGGUUUAAAUGGAAUGAACAGCAGCAUAUGGGAGCAUUUUGCUUCAGGAAGUUUUUCACCCAGUACUUCACCUGCAUUUCUGUCAGGUCCAGGUGCUGCUGAACUGGCCAGGUUGCGGCAAGAAUUAGACGAAGCUAACAGCACGAUAAAACAGUGGGAAGAUUCUUGGAAACAAGCCAAACAGGCCUGUGAUGCGUGGAAAAAAGAAGCGGAGGAAGCUAGUGAUCGUGCAAGUACAGCAACCGUAGAAUGUGAGUUAGCCCGGGAGCAGAGAGAGACCUUGGAACUGCAAGUCAAGAAACUCCAGGAAGAAAUUGAGCGGAUCCAUACUGGCCAGGACCCCCAGUUCCUGCGCUCAUUCUCUGAUUUAGAGAAUCUCUCCUUGUCCACACUCUAUAAUCUCCAAAAACAGUUGCGUGCCAAUUUAGAAAGAGUUGAUAAGGCAGUGUUUCAGAUGCAGUCGGUGAAAUGCCUCAAGUGCCAGGAAGAGAACCGGGUGGUACUACUGUGCCAACACACUGUGCUGUGUGAAACAUGUGCCGAGGAGGGUGAAUGUCCCAUCUGCCAUCCCAACAGGCCACAUGCUCUCCAGUCGUGACUGUACUAGGA